AUGGCCGACGACGAUAGCUUCGACAUCGACAUCUACGGCGACGACUCGUACCAGGACCCGGCCCAAGACACCGCCCAAGACACCGCCCAAGACACCGCCCUUCCCGACGCCAACCCGCCCGCAAACACCGCCGACUACAAUGCCCCCACACAGGAGAACGCGCCUGCCCCAGCAGCCGCCGCGCAGGACGGCACAGUCCAGCAAAGUGCGAGCACCGCCGCGCAGGACGGCACAGUCCAGCAGAUUGCGAGCACCGGCGGCUCCGGCCACGAUGUCCAUAGGCAGGCACCGCAGCAGCAGGGCACGAAGCGAAAGCAGGGCGAGGACGACGACCGCCCAACCGACCCAGGCGCCACCGCAGCCCUGAUGAUCAACGACCUGAACUGGUGGAUCAGCGAGGAAGACAUCCGCGGAUGGGCCAACCAGAGCGGCUGCGAGGACGAGCUGAAUGAGAUUACAUUCAACGAACACAAAGUUAAUGGUAAGAGUAAAGGCCAAGUUUACAUCAUGUUACAGUCACCGCAGGCUGCCACUGCCUUGAAGCACCAGAUCGAGCAGCUGUUCAAAGACCAGGCGCAUACGAAGAAGCCCGCCGCGAUAUUCAACCCUCCACACCACAACCCCUUCAAGACACUGCCCAAGGACGUCCCUGCGCGUGAUAAGAACCGCAACGACCAGCAGCCGGGAGGUUUCAACCGCGGCGGCGGCAACUUCAAUCGCUUCAACAACAGAGGCAACUUUAACAACAGGGGCAACUUCAACAACCGCGGCGGCAUGGGCUACCAGAACCCCACCGGCAACAUGGGCGGGCAGAUGGGCGGUUACGCCGGCCAAGGCGGCAUGCAGAACUUUGGCGGCAACCCCAUGAUGGGCGGCGGCAAUUUUGGAGGCGGCUUCAACCGCGGCGGCAACAUGAUGGGCGGUGGCAUGCGGGGAGGCAUGAACAACCGCGGCGGCCGUGGCGGAAUGGGGAUGAACAACAUGGGCGGCGGCAUGCAGAUGCCCAUGGGCGGGAACAUGAUGAUGGGAGGAGGGAUGAUGGGCGGCGGUAUGAACAUGCCGAUGAUGAACGGCAUGGGAGGCGCAGGCUUCGGCGGCCAACCCCAGUUCAACCCCGGUUUCUUCCCCAAUCAGCAGCAGGGCGGCAACGAGCACUUCAAUCCUCACGGCGCGAAACGGCCACGGCCAGAGUAG